AUGUUUUUUAGAAAGUUAACAUGCGGAAGGGCUUACGUAUUUUUAAUAACAAUGGAUCAAACACUGGUACUCUGGAUACUUGCUGUGGUUAUGUUAGUGGGGUCAUAUGUUGCUGGAUCCUUGCCACUUGUUAUGAACUUGUCUGAGGACAAGUUGCAGCUUGUAUCAGUAUUAGGAGCUGGCCUACUAGUCGGAACAGCGCUAGCUGUCAUUAUUCCCGAGGGAAUUCGUGCAUUGUUCAGCGGAGCAGGUAGUGUUGAUGCUCAUACUCCAGCAACCGGUCAUGAUGCAUCUGUUGAUGUUUCAGCUGAUCUCCAUGGUAUGAUAGGAGUAAGUUUGGUGUUGGGUUUUGUGUUCAUGCUGCUGGUUGAUCAGUGCUCAACGAGACGCAGUGGUGGUAAAGAAAAAAGCGUUACUGCUACUAUAGGUUUGGUUGUACAUGCAGCGGCUGAUGGUGUUGCUUUGGGCGCUGCUGCAACUACAUCACAGGCUGAUGUUGAAGUUAUAGUUUUUCUCGCUAUUAUGCUGCACAAGGCACCAGCAGCUUUUGGAUUAGUAUCUUUUCUUCUUCAUGAAGGUGUAGAUAGAAAAAAAAUAGGACGGCAUUUAUUAGUAUUUUCUUUAUCUGCUCCAUGUUUAGCACUUGUUACAUAUUUUGGAAUUGGAAAGGAGGGUAAAGAAACAUUGAGCAAUGUUAAUGCCACAGGCUUGGCGAUGUUAUUUAGUGCUGGUACAUUUUUAUAUGUCGCAACUGUCCACGUUUUGCCAGAAUUAAUGACCAGAAAUAGUAAUUCAUACUCUCAUUUACCAGUCGCUGAAGGCACACCAAUUAGUACAUCAGGAUUGAAGUUUAAAGAAAUAUUGGCGUUGGUCAUUGGAUCAUUUUUACCUGCAUUACUGACCACUGGUCAUCAUCAUUAG